GAAAAAAGAAAAAAAGAACGGAGACAGCAUACAGAAUCUAGGCUGUCAUAAUAUCCUCUGUUUCCCCGCGUGUAGGUCUAUAUCGACUGUUCAGCCAGGAACCGAAAUCUGGUUCAGAAGGCGAAGUUCAAACCUUUCCACGGGAACCACGCAGCCUGAGCUCCAUUUGGAAGAACCGAAGAACAAGAUAAAUCUAUCUCCACUUGCUAUCGAUCGGAUCGGUCCUUUGCAUAUUUAAUACAUGCUUGAUUUUCCCUUGUAUCGACCGUCUUUUCUAUUUGACUCUCUCUUGACUCUCUCUUGACUAGAUUUUUACCCUUUAAUCAUUUGGGGCUCUCUAAACUUAGUCAUUCAAGCAUAGCAGACUUUAUAAUAUAACAUACGCAACAAGCACUCAAGAUGCAUAUUCAGGACACAACCAUCGUUAAACCCCCAACAUUCAAUCAACCCGAUAUCGAACUUGACCCGACAGCUCACACAACAAUCACCAUCACUACCAACUCCCACCCCUCGGACAAUAGUACAACGACCCCGCAACAAACCAAACCUCGCCCGCUUUACUUUGCCUACGGAUCCAACCUCUCCUUCACACAGAUGCGUCUCCGCUGCACAUACUACCCUGAUCUCUCAUCUAAGCCAGUCGCCAUCGCCCGCUUAGAUCAUUGGCGCUGGUUGAUCUGCCAAGCUGGCUAUGCGAAUGUGAUCCCACCCGCCGAGUUACGUGUUGGUCGGGAAGCAGAUGAUGGUGAAGACGUACCUGUUUCUGGGGACGACGAUGCGGUUUAUGGGGUCUUGUAUGAGAUGGACAUCGAGGAUGAGAGGUUGCUUGAUGGCUACGAGGGUAUUGACUGGUCGGCGCUGCCGUCGCGGGCUACGCAUAAGGUUCCGGCGCAUAUUCGACCGACGGAACAAGGCCAUGGGGACUAUAAUAAGUGGUAUGUUCCGGCUACGGUGACUAUGUGGUUGGAUGAGGGACAGAAGAAACGGAGGGAGCAUGGAGUUAUCGAGACCUUGGUUUAUGUGGAUGAGGAGAGGGUGCGCGUAGGUCCCCCGAAAGACGAGUAUAUCCCGCGGAUGAACCGUGCGAUCCGCGAGGCGGAAUCUUUGGGAUUCCCUAAGAAGUGGGCAGAUGAGGUGAUGAGAAAGUCGAUCCCUUUGAAUUAGGCUAUUGGUUUUACCUUGUAUAGAAAACGUUUCGUGGUGAUGUUUGCAACUAGACAAGAGUUGAUGACUGAAUGAUUACAAUGGUACAACUUAUUUAUAUAACCACGUGCGAUGUAAUAAA